UGGAAUAUUUCGGUGAAUAUGAUGCGGAUGAUCCGUUGUAUACGGUAAGAUGUAUCCAAAAUUUAUCUUCGAAAGUGGUCCAACACGCGAUCUUCAACCAGCAUUUUACAAAUGGUGGACAAAAUGGUACAAAUAUCCAGGUUCAAUUGUAGGCGAUGUCAAAGUCACAUCAUGCAUUGGUACAAAUCCAACUCUUGAACGCCUAUUUGUACGAAAGAAACCAGCCAAAGAAUUGUUAAAAAAACUAAAUUGA